CACCAUUGGUGCAGGGAGGACGCGGGGAGCUGAGCUGGACGGGACGGAGGGAAGCCACCAGCCAGCCUCACCAACCUUUACGGGACCGUGUUUGGUGACGUCACAGUUACGUCAGAGUUCGCUCCGCCCCUUCCCGUUAGCUGUGAUGCCCGGCGCCCGUGUGACAGUAGGGUGUGGGGGCUGGAGCUGAGAGGGGCUCGCGGCCGUGAAGGAAUGUGACCCAGCCCACGCCUGCCUCUCCAAGCUCUCUACUUGUGUCUUAAGAUUGCGAGUGCUGUGUGUGGUGCAUGAGGGUGUGUGUGGAGGACAUUCCCGCGGCGCGUCACGUGCAUUUAACAAUCUGAGGGGGAUUCUACAUCAGUGAUCCUCGCGGGUGUGUUGGAAUGUGGUAGAGGAGGACGCCUGUGCCCAGGUGUGCCCGUGCUACAGUGUGCCCCGUGCUGCCUUGUGUUCCGUGUUACCUUCUCCCCGUCACAGACAUCAACGGCAGAGUGAAAGAAGUUAGCAUUCUGAAAGGAAGGCGAGCGCGUGAAGGAAGCGCGGCUGCGGGGUGGCGGGCCGCGUGAUGGCCCGCAGCACCACCACCGGGAUUUAACACUACCAAGGCAGUAGAGAUGCCAGGGAACGUGCGAGGAGUGGGUGGUGGCGGCUCCCAGAAGCCACCCCACGCAACGCCAACGCGUGCCAUGUCCCUCGACUCACUGCAGAUCAAGAAUGUCUCCUGCCAGAAUGUGGACCAGAAGAUUCAGGAGUACAUUCCCACGAGGACAACCAAAGCCACGCCCAAAAUUAACCAUGCCGCCAUGCAGUUUGUCAAGAUCUCACCCAAACAUUCACCUAUUUACCAGCAGUUCCAGACUGGACCAGCCACUCUUUAUAAGUCAGCUCAGGAGCAGAUCAAGAAAGCUGAGGAAGUGAAGGAGCUGAGGAAGACCAUGGUCAAUGAAGAAACAGAGUGGCAGGAGCAGCCCUCCUCCUCCUCCAACCAGAAUACGCUUGAUGAAGGCUCAGAUUGGCAGUCGAACCUUGACAAAUGGAAAAGCUCUCGACGCAAACGUCUCCAGAAUACUGUAGAGUCCAUCAUUCAGAUCAAGAAGAAUGAACAAGAGGAUGAAAUGAAUCGCAUGCGUAGAAAGAGCAAGACCUUCAGUCAAAUGCAGGAAGACAAAAACAAGAGGGGACGAAAGUACAACUUGACAAUUCACGAUGAUGAUGACAACGACCUUAGCAGCCUUGGUCUCACUCCAAGCAAGAGCAAUGGAUCCAUUACUGACACACAGGAGGAUCAGGAUGCCAAGGAUCUUGAUCAGGACAACAAGGAUGCCAAGAGUGAUGCUGGCUUCUGCACCGGCUCGGACACCGGCAGCGAUGGAGUGUUUGCCGAAGACAACAUCAGUGACACGUCCUCUGCCCUGGGUGACAAGAAGGAAGCACAUGACUCCCUGCUGGACACUGGUGGCUCCAAGGAUGAGGAACCACACCUUAAUGGUCACAGCUCAAGCCUGAUCAGUGAAGUGUUUUCUUCCACUUCUACCACUACCACCUCCUCCAUCUCCCAUACAGCGGAGUACACUUAUGAUAAGGCAAUAGCUGGCUAUAAGCAAUACGCUGAAAACAGUGCCAAAAAGAGGACCUCCAGCAUCACAAGCCUGAACAGCAAUGCCAGCCACAAGGAGGAGGACAAGAAAGAAAAGCCUCGUUUGAAUGGCCGCUCCCCGAGCCCCAACAAAAGUUCAAAAAUGGAAGAGAAAGUGAACUUCUUCUCAAAAGAAAUGGAAAAGGAAAACAGAAUAAGUCCUGAUCCCAGAGUGGUAAUGAGAGAAAAAUCACCCCAGGUCAACAUCAGUCAGAGAAGAUCAAUGUUUGAAAAUGUGGAUCUGUCAACAGUACAGAUUGACCAGCAGAAGGUCAACAGAAGGUCUCUUGACAUUUCAAACUCCCUGAGAAACAAAGUGGCAUCCUUUGAAAAUUUGGAGUCAGACCCUCCCACCAAAGCACGUGGGACUUCUUUCACUCGAGACACAAAUUUGAGAUCAAAGGUGUCUUCAUUUGAAAACCUGAGCACGGAGACUAACAAAAUCCGUGGCAUAACUCCUCCAAGAGAUGCUAAUUUCCAUGUCAAAUUGGCAGCAUUUUCUUCCUCAGAUUCUGACAAUGCUCCAGUGAAAAAGAGAACACCUGAAAGGGAUAUGAAUUUCCACAAGAAACUGGCAUCCUUCAAUGCUGUUGAAAUGGAGGAAACACCCCGAGACCAAAAGACUAUCCCUCAGGGAGACCCAUCGCUGAAGAAGAAAAUAGCAUCGUAUGAACAGCUUGAACAAGCAGCAGAGUCUUACUCUGGUAGUUCUCGGGAAGAAACAAUGAAGAGUAAAGACCGAUCAAUGAGUCUGGAGAAUUUGGAUGAACCACAAAUGGAAGUAAAGAUGCGGCCAUCACGCUCAAUGGUGAACAUCAACAGACGUGUCCCAUCCACACCUUACAUGGAGGUGGAGAUUGAGAAUUCGAGGUCAGAGAAGGAGUGUGUUGUAGAAGCACAGCCAGCGGUCAACGCUCAAGUGUUUGAGAUUGCCUCAAAACUUGAGGAGACUCCCAUAUUAGGCUCUCCUAUCGGCAAAGUGCCUUCUAUCCCCCUGACACCCCCACCUGCCCAGGAAGAUGACUCUUUAGAGGCAGGAAAGCAGUAUACUGAUGCUGACAUCAAUGAGGUGAUAAAUGACUAUGAGCAAGUUGGUGAUGCUCUGGAGGACUCCUCAGCCCAGCCUGAAAACAUCUAUGAAAAUAUAAUAGAUGAGCCCAUGUAUGAAAAUAUUUAUGAAAAGGUUGAUGAAAAUAAAGCUGAGAGCCAAGAGGCUGUGGAAGAACACCAAUACCAGACCCUGGAGGAAGUGAGGCAGGAGGUGGUGCCUCCUCCCACCGCCCCAGUCAAGAUGCCACCUAUGGAGCCCCCAGAGGUGCUAGAUGUGACGUGGACGGAUGGCCCCUCCCAGGCGGCCCCCCCCUCGGAACCCCCUCCCCCUCCUCCCCCUGAUGACGAUUCAGACAGCGAUGCGUCUGAGCAGCCGCAGAGUCUGCCGGAGGAGGAUUGCUUCAAGCGAGAGAAUUCCACUCGGCGCUUGAAGAAGGAGCUUUGGAGGCGCAGGUCAAACUUCUUGGGCACAACUUCCCAGUACAUUGAGGAAGAACAAGCUGUGAAGCCUCCGCCAGACCUCAGUGACUUGCUGAGGCAGGAGCGGGAGGCAGAACGCAGCCUGAUUGGCUCCAAACCGGCAAAAACCACCACACAGGAGAUGCUGACUGAAUUGGAAAUUGCACGUCAAGAGCGUGAAAUCAUUGAAAACUUGGAACGUUCUGAACAAUUGAAGCAGCAACAGCAGCAGCAGCAGCAGAUAUGGAAGGUCCAGGAGGAGGAUGCAGGGGCUGGAGAGGUGGAUGACCAUCUGCAAUACCAGGAGUGCUUGAGAUCAAAUAGCACCUCUUCUCCUUCUGGGUGUCAGGAUUUUGUACCUCUUCCUACACCUUCCUCUCUCCCUGAUAGUAGUCAAACCUUUGCUAAUACUAUGCCAACUCCUAGUGACUUUAUACCUGUGUCUCCACAACCUAAAGGAGAUGAGACUUCCGUCACUCUUUCCUCCUCUUCCUCCUUGACAAAUACUGUCCAUAAAGCCAGACCCACACUGAGCUUUACACCAGUACCUCCGUGUUGGCGUCCCAUGACAUCUCCGAAGGUUUUGACCCCUUCCCCCUCAAACAAGCAAACUGUAACCCCCGUGUGGUCACCUGCUUGUGCCACUAAUGUUCAAAAAUCACCAUCACCUUCAAUUCAGUUUAGUAGCUUCGAUAAAGCUGUGACACAUCCUUCUGAUUCUGACUCUUCUCACAGAGUAGUAACUUCCUCAGAGAAUUCCCAAUGCAACAUAACUGCAAAUGAAACUCCUACAUCUGAAGGCAGUGCAUCUCAAUUCAGUUUCAAUAACUUGCCAAAACCUUGGGCUAACAAAGGGACUGAAGAGCUUAAGGGGAAUGAAGAGUGCACAUCCAACAAAGUGUUUUUGAAAGCAGCUCGUGAUAAAAAGACAGUAAGGUUUAAAAUUGCAUCUUUUGAAGACAGGCAGAAUUCAUGUGAGGAUCAGACACCAAUCCUGUCAAAUUUUAGAUCAGAUGGUGCUGCUAAAAAGAGUCUAAUCAAGAAGGAUGGAGUCACUAUUAAAAACCCAGGCAAUUUAGAGAGUGUUGACGAGAGGAGCAAACUGCAUGAACCGCACUCAUACUUUACCUCCUUUUCCUUGUCUUCUUCCCAGGUCAAGAAACCUCUGACAGCUUUAGAAUUGGAUACAGGACCCAAGGUUGCUAACGUAGAUCCUGUAACCUCAACUAACAACACUGAGACCUCCCACUCUGUCACUGAAACCACAAAUGUAGAGCAUGUUCAGACACCUGAUGGUGAUGACUGGACUCAUGCUACUUGUUUGGAAUCAACCAUUAACAUAGAAAAGAGGCAUGCUGAGGUGUUAGAUAACCAUGUAGCAAAUGUGCCACCUGAGCCACAGUUCAGGAUUGCCACUCAGACUGAAGUAGUGGCUGAGGGUGAACUCGGUGAUCACUUUGUGGCCUCCAGCUUCCCUUUGGACUGCAAUAUCAACUCUGUUGCCUCUUCUGGUUCUCACCCUGAUGAGUAUAAGAAACUUGCUGAGCUGGAGGAGGAGAUGAUGCGUCACGACAAGGACAUGCUGCGCCGCGUGGGUCACUUGCCAGAGAGGCCAUCCUCAGCAGCUCCCUCCUCAGACUCUUAUGACAUCCAGGAAGGCAUGGUCAUCCUUCCACCUGCAGACAGCAGCUUCAAGAUGCAGCGGCGACAGCCUCCAACACACCUUGCCAUCCAGGAAUUCUAUACAGCCCCCUCAUAUGACACUACUCCUACAAUGGAGGAGGACAGCCUCACACCUUCCAGGGAGGACAAGAGUGUUGGUCUUCCAGCUGGGUCUCCCUCAGACUAUGCCACCCUGGCUUCCCCACAUCCCUUCUCCCGAUCCAACUCCCAUUCAUCCAUUGACACCAAGAGACACUUGCCCCUGCAGCCAAACAGAUCCACACCCCUAACGUCUCCUAGAGAGUCCAUACCAGAGCCUCUGCCACGCAAGAAAAAAGUUGCCACUCCUCAGAUUUCCAGCAAAACUCAGAGAAUACUGCCUGAUUUAAAUACAGCUGAGCGUCUUGAAGCAAUGAGGGUGAGCCGCAUGACCUCCAAUGAGUCCCUGAUGAGUGGUGGAGAGCAAAUGGAGCCUCAGGGAAGCUCAUCUGCACUCUCAGGUCAACAGAUGUCCAAGCAGACACUCUUGGCACUCUCUGCCAUACCCAAACCCAGACUCACUGAUAAUGAAAGCUGGAUUAAGAAGAAGCAAGAAGGACAAAAGAGGGACUACAGCAAGCACUGGCUACAUCAGGAAGCAGAACAGAGGAGACUGGAACAGCAGGACCGAAUCUCCCGCCCCAAGUACACCCCACCACUGCCACAGCGGAGAUCACCCCAGAGUGCAUCACCUCAGUUCCCUUCCCACCAACAGUCUUCACCACAAACCACCAGUUACCUCCCCACACAGACUCCCUCAGCAAUGUAUCCCACACAGAACAUCAGUCCCACCUACUCCAGCUAUCCUCAGACCUUGAGGAGUCCAUCACCAAACCGCAAUGCCAGUCCUAGUGUCACAAACAAUAACAACAACAACAACAAUAUCAACAAUAACAGCACCACCAGCAACACCACCUCAUCUACAAACACCAAUGCCACUGGGUGUUGGAGGAAUCAGGCCACCACCUACCAGCCUCACAUCCCUGCACCAGCAGCUAAUGGUGACAAGGCUCUCCCUGAUUCAAUAAUCAACAACCUCACUCAAAGAAUCAACAACAAAAAUACCAAGAACACUUACAACAGUUGCAGUGGGAGAGCGGGAAGCAACUACUCAAACAGCAAUUAUCGUGAUGAGAACUAUCAUGACUACAUGAAUGCCGAUGCCUUGAGUUCAGCCUCUGGACCCUCCCCACACUUCCAGGCAGGCCAGCCCUCACCUCCAGCCCCACAGCCAGAGGCCAAUUCUCCUCAGGACCAGAGACUACUUAGUGUCUCAGGGAAAAAGAAGUGUUCUCACUGCUCUGAAGAACUCGGGCGUGGAGCAGCUAUGAUCAUAGAAAGUCUGCGGCUGUUCUACCACAUCCCAUGCUUCAAGUGCUGCGUGUGUGGCAUCCAGCUGGGGAAUGGGUCUGCUGGUGCUGAUGUGAGAGUGCGAAACCACAAGUUGCACUGCCAUAACUGUUACUCCAAUGAUGAAGGGAUGAAAUUCAGCAAAGUAUAGCAUCUCUGCAGGGCGACAGAUGGAGUGUAAUUGUUUCUGGUGCCAAAAGCUUGAGGCAUGUCACCCCCACAGGACAUGUCACAACCCACAUUUUGUACUGUUAUAAGUGUUGUUCUGAGUGUAAUUUAACUUAGAAUGGAUCUUAGAUGUAGUAACAGUAUAUAUAUUUUUUGUUAUUGUUUUUUUAUGUGGUUUAUGUAAUAUUUUGUGUUGAGACUGACAGUGUUGUAUAUUUGUUUAAUACGGUAAUAACAAGUUAUCGAUAUGUACAAGUAUGACAAAGAUUUUGUUCUGUAUACAAAGAUUUGUUAAGAUCUAAGACACUAGGUCUUUCAAAGCAAUACAGAUUUUCUUGCUACAUAAAUAUAUGAUAUGUAGGCAGCUGGAAGAAAAUCCUACUUAAUUUAUGUAUAAAAACUUGCACAAUCAAAGAAAAUGAAAAUCAAUAAUCUGUAAAAUAUAUAUUGUAUAUAUUAGCUUUAAAUCAGUCACUAUAUAGGUAGGAUGACAGAAGUGAUUUUAUAAUAUAUAUACAUAUAUAUAAUCCACAAUAAGGAUUCUUUAUAAAACUACCUUGUAUAUUCAUUUAAUGUAAUCUUGCAAUAAAAGCAAGUUAUACUACA